GAGCGCUUAGUCUCCCACCCAUCCACAGCCCCACCAGUAUACGGUCGACAGCAGUAGGUGCCUAUCACAUCUGAAGGUGCCGUGAGAGGACUGACAGGAUCACAUCAUCGCACUUGUAGCAGUGGAGGCUCGCGCAGGAUGGCGAACUCAACGCGUAUCUUCUGCAGUAUGGUUUUCAUCAUGGGAUUGCUCUCCUCUCCCGUGGAUUCCAAAAGAAACCGAGGUUCACAAGGCGCCAUUCCUCAUCCUGACAAAAGCAACCCAAACGAAUCGGAGCAGCAACCGCAGGCUCCGCAGGCGGGCUCCGGGUCCCGACAGAGGCAGGGCUCAUCCUCACCGGCCGACGAGGUGCUGGAGUCCAGCCAGGAAGCUUUACAUGUGACGGAGCGCCAGUAUUUGAAACGGGACUGGUGCAAGACGCAGCCUCUCAAGCAGACCAUCCACGAGGAGGGCUGCGUCAGCCGCACCAUCAUUAACCGCUUCUGUUACGGACAGUGCAACUCCUUCUACAUCCCCAGGCACAUCCGCAGGGAGGAGGGUGCCUUCCAGUCCUGUUCGUUUUGCAAGCCAAAGCGUUUUACCACCAUGACUUUUACAUUGAACUGUCCGGACCAGCAGCCUCCCACCAAGAAGAAACGCAUCCAGCGCGUCAAACAAUGCCGCUGCAUAUCCAUAGACCUGGACUAAAGAAAUGUGUCGUGUGUGUGUGUGUGUGUGUGUGUGUGUGUGUGUGUGUGUGUGUGUUUCUUAUUCUUCGCUGACAGGAUUGUUGGUAGAAAAAAAAAAAGGCUGUCACACAGCCAAGAGCACGUGCCCGUCUUCAUCUAGGAGGAUGUAUCCACGAAGGCUUCUGACAUGUAGGCUACAAUCUCUUCGUGCACAACUUGUGAACAAAUAUGGACAUGCAACUUAUAAACCGACGUUGAACUGCUACAAACAUUUUACUCCUCACCAGUUUGCCAAGUUUGAAAACAAACAUCACUGCACGGGAACGCCCCCCCCCCCCAAAAAAAAAGACUACAUAACCCCGGUUUAUUUAAUAUAUCAAAAGGCUUAUAAUGACAGGAAAACAUUCCUGUACACAUAUGUGUUUGUUUAACUGUACGUUUCCACUGUGUGGAAUUUCAUAUAUGAGCGGGGAUAUUUGUAAAUGGAAAAUGUGAUUUUAAUUUCGAUAUUUCAAGAAGGUUUUAAGAUAAAUAGAUUUCUGUGAAUUUUAAAGUCCAUUAGUAAAUGUUUUCUUUUGUAAAUUGGGUGCCUACUCAGUUGUAGAGACAAUAUGUGUCUUUGUUAGUCAAACCGGACAAUGUACAGUGGUGGGUUAUACAGUAUCGAGAUUAAAUAAUUGUCAAAUGUAAAGCCAUCUUUGAUGUAACCGGUUUGUUUAUCCCUUUCAUUAAAUUAUCCAUG